CGUCUUCUUCAGGUGUGGUAUGUCAAUGAGGUGUUGGUGAGGCCAAUACAACCAUUUCCGGGAUACGGAUACGGAGACGGGCGUUGGUUGGAUCCUCUUGCCUGUAGCGUUUCUUGCUGAAAGCUGCAGACGAAAGUGACAGGAGACGAGAGAGCUCUGUGGAGUCUUUUUAGCUGAGGAUAUUUUGAUAGUAACGUGUAUGGUAUGUGUAGAGUAGGGACGGUAAGUAGGUAGGUAGGUAAGUAGGUAAUGGUAACUGUAGGGGUAAUAAAGAAUCUGCUGCAGUUCUGUCCCAGUUGGAUAACCGUACUUGGGGUUAUAACAUUAACUAGGUCUAAUUGGUGUUGUUUGACUUAUUUUUGUGAUGUCAGAUAUUGAACCAAUAUCAACUUCAAUUCUGUAUGGGUGUGAUUCAACUCGUGUGUGCCCGUGUGUUACUGACAAUCCCAACGAGUGCUCAGUUUGCAAUGGAUGUUAUGAAGCAGUUCGACUUGCUCUUCAUCAACAACGAGAAGCGUUUCAUAUUCUAGUGCAACGUGUAAUACGGUAUGUUAGAAAUCUGCCCAACAACACAUUUGCACAACGCCUGGCUGUGCAAGAAGAAGAAUUAGAGAUGUUACGAACUGAUGUGAAUGCUGCAAACAUGCAAGCUGAUGACAUUGAUGAACGUCUCAAGGAAGUGGCAAAGAAGCUAGAUGAAAUUAGAGCAAAGUUGGAUGAAAUUGCUAGUCUUCUGAACAUGGCAAAUUCAACAGCUUCUUCUGCUUAUCAACUAGCAAAGCGGAUCGAGUCUUUGGUUAGUGAGGUAAAAUCAAAACUCCAAAUGGCAUAUGAUCUUUUGAGCAAUGAGGGUCAACCGAAAGUAAACAGUGCACAACAAGCUACAACAGAGAUUAUGACUCUAGCCGAUCAAUCAGCAACUCUCGCUAAUGAUGCCGAAACUGAAGCUUCAGACCAAGAGACUCAAGCGGCACGUAUGAAUAGCACAGCUAGCAUGGCAUAUGAAACAGCCAUAGAGGCCAAGAUGAACGCAGAAGAUGCCGUUGCGUCACAAAAUUCUGACAAGCGAACUUUGCAGCAACUUAUGAUAGCUGUGACUAAUAGGAGUCUCGGACGUGAUGCAGCCAAGGAAGAUGUCAUGAACGCCAAAGUCGAAGUUGAGAUGGCCCGUGACGAUUCAGACAAUGCCCACACAAGAGCGUCAGAAGUUCAGAUUGAUUUGGGAUUGAGUGAAAUUCAGCAGCAGCUUGCUGCGGCACAACAGAAGACAACAGAGAUACAGAAUCGUCUGACAUAUGUAACCGACAACUACUCGUCUGUUGUCACCCGUAUCAAUGCAGCUUAUUCAGACAUCACCCAGUUGUCUGCAGACAUUGUCGUUGCCACUGAUGAGGCUGAUGACAUCAAGACUCGUGCAGACAACGCAUACACUAAGGCAAUGGCUUCAGUAGAAGAUGGCAGAAAUGUUAUCGCCGAAGCCGUAGACAUGCUCUAUAUCCUUACCAAUUUCAGUCAGGUGAUUAAUGAAACACGUAGUCGUGCAAUGCAAGCACUUGAACGAAUUGGCAUAAUUGAAGAGUUUAGCCAGAAUGCUACAGCCAUUGCUAAGAGGAUACUGGAUGAUCACGAAAAGGCACACGACGAUGUCAUGAUGGCAGUCCAGGUCGCCGAACAGGCUCUCUCACUAGCAAACGAUUCACUUACCAGAGCCAACGAAAUUCGUAACACCAUCGUGACUCUACUUUCGAAUGCCAACGAAGAGAAGAACAAUGCAGAUGAAGUGAAAACAAAUGCUGUUAAUGUCAAUACUACAGCAGAUGAUCUCUUGGCAACUUGCUUGGCGGGAAGAGAUGCUGUUGAUGAUGCUAUUGCUGAAGGACAUGAUGCUGUAAGGAAUCAGUCGAUGUGUCGAGAAAAGAUCCAAAUGUCUGCAGACGAUGUUGAACGUCUCCGACAUCUUAUUGCCAACAUUGAGCGUCUUGAUCCCCAGCAGGUACAACAUCUCCAGCAAAUGAUUUCUGCACUGGAUGACAGGAUAACAACUGCUGAUCUCGCCGCCGUCAUUCAGGCUCUUGAAGAUCAGCGCGAAGAAGACGAAGCCGAAGUGAAUCAAUGUGAUGAGAUGAUUAUGCAACUCGAGCAAGACAUUGACAAUUUGAAACGGGCGGUUGCAGUCGGCCAAGACGGCUGUGUCGGAGUUGGUCCGGCCCCCUGAAUGGUGCACUAGUUGUAAUGAUGGAGGGCAACUGUCUGCAGUAGUUUGUGUACUCUGUUUGUGUGUACGUUCGUGUGGGCGUGUGUUUAUGUGUGUGCAUGCGUCUGUGUGUGCAUGUGUGCGUGAGCAUUCUGGGGCACGGUCUUUUUGUUGAGCUACGUUUUAUUGAUUUCAUAGAUUUUAGGAUACGUUGGUUAUGUAGGCUUUUGUUGAGACGAGAUUCCACAAGUGCAUUCGUGGAGAUCCGGUUUAGAUGUUUUAGUACGCUUGCACGUGCACAUGUGUAUCUGCACUUGAGAUGUGGUUGUUAUUGAUUGUUAUUGAUUUGGUGUUGUACGAAUCGCUAUAGAAUUUGUACAGCAAUAAUACACUACAGUGGGAUAUGAA